AUGGGGAAGACCAGAAACACAUCCCUGGACACUGUGGUGACAGAUUUCAUUCUCCUGGGCUUAUCUCACCCCCCGAGGCUGAGGACUCUCCUCUUCUUGGUCUUCUUCAUCAUUUACAUCCUGACUCAGCUGGGCAACCUCCUCAUUUUGCUCACUGUGUGGGCUGACCCAAAGCUCCACACUCGCCCCAUGUACAUUCUCCUGGGCGUGCUCUCAUUCCUGGACAUGUGGCUCUCCUCCGUCAUCGUUCCUCGGCUAAUAUUGGAUUUUACUCCCGCCAGCAAGAGAAUCCCGUUUGGUGGCUGUGCGGCUCAGCUGUAUUUCUUUCAUUUCCUGGGCAGCACACAGUGUUUCCUCUACACCUUGAUGGCUUAUGACAGGUACCUGGCAAUAUGCCAGCCCCUGCGCUACCCGGCGCUCAUGAACGGGAGGCUAUGCACCAUCCUUGUGGCUGGAGCUUGGGUGGCUGGCUCCAUUCAUGGGUCCAUCCAGGCCACCCUGACAUUCCGCCUGCCCUACUGUGGGCCCAACCAGGUGGAUUAUUUUUUCUGUGACAUCCCUGCAGUAUUGAGACUGGCCUGUGCAGACACAACUGUCAAUGAGCUUGUGACUUUUGUGGACAUCGGGGUAGUGGCCGCCAGCUGUUUCACGUUAAUUCUGCUCUCCUAUGCCAACAUCGUCCACGCCAUCCUGCAGAUACGCACGGCUGAUGGGCGGCGCCGAGCCUUCUCCACCUGCGGCUCCCACCUAACCGUGGUCACAGUCUACUAUGUCCCCUGUAUUUUCAUCUACCUUCGGGCUGGCUCCAAGAGUCCCCUGGAUGGGGCGGUGGCUGUGUUUUACACUGUUGUCACUCCGUUACUGAACCCCCUCAUCUACACGCUGAGGAACCAGGAAGUGAAGUCUGCUCUGAAGAGAAUCGCUGCAGGUAGGGGGGCUGGGAGUGAAGAUAAGUAA